UGGACUCUCCAUACUCUCUAUCACCUGACAGGGGUGGGGAAGUGCAUGGAUAUAUAGCCCCUGCCUCCAGUAAGUCUAAGAGGAGACACCAAGGACAGACACUGAACAGUAUUGUUUCUAGGCCACAUUUUCACUGUUACCACCAUGAAGCUGCUUGCAAUGAUUGUGCUGUUCUUCACCAUCUGUAGCCUAGAAGGGGCUUUGGUUCGGAGACAGGCACAGGAGCCCAGUCAGGCAGAGACGAGUCUGAAGAGCAUGGUUAAUCGGUACUUACAUACUGUGACUGAGUACGGCAAGGACUUGAUGGAGAAGGCCAAGAGCUCUGAGAUUGAGACCCAAGCCAAGGUUUACUUUGAAAAGAUGCAGGAUCAGCUGACACCCUUGGUCCAGAAAGCUGGAACUGAUCUGAUGAAGUUCUUCAGCAAUUUAAUGAAAAGUGAGAAACCACAGCCUGCUGCUAAGUGAGGUGUCCAGACUAUUGUCUUUCUACCCUAGCUGGACCCCUAGAACACACACUGGCUGGCCCUAGAGGCCCUCUCCCUACCUACUGCCUGUUUUCUACAAUAAAUGUGCAAUGAGUCAAACUGUGAA